GCAGGAACAGGCGACGAGAGGGAGAGAGAGAGGGAGAGAGACAGGCAGACAGGAGCGAAAAAACACUAUCUGUAACUACUCCCUGCUCUCCUACUGAAAUAACGGAGUAUUCACCGACUGCUAACAAGUUCUGCUACCGGUAAACCCGACGUAAACCUCUCGGACGUCCCCUGGAACAAGUCAGGAUAUUUCCAGGAUUGCCUACUACACAGAAUAUGACAGACACCUAGCAGCGGCAGUGGCAGCAGGGAAAACCAUGGCGACGCCCUACCUGGACCCCAACCUGAAUCAUACCCUUUUAGGAGGUGCCAAGUCACGGCUGAGCGCGGGAGGAUCGGACCGAACCAUGGCCGGCUCCGUGGACAGGGUUCUGAAAGUCUUCUAUCAUUUUGAAACCAACACCGAAAACAGCUGCUGGUCCUCCAAUAUCAGAUAUGGAGAUGCAACCGAUGUCAGGGGAAUCAUCCAGAAGAUUCUAGACAUCCACAAAGUGCGCUGGACGUCGUGUUUCGGCCUGCGCCUCAGCAACAUCCAAUCCAGAGACCAAGUGCACUGGCUUCAUCCAGAUAUGGGCGUUUCCCACGUCAGAGAGAAAUAUGAACAGACACGAUCAAGUGAGGAGUGGAGGUAUGAAUUAAGGAUCCGCUAUCUCCCAAAGGGCUUUGUGCAGCAGUUUACAGAAGACAAACCUACACUCAAUUACUUCUACCACCAGGUGAAGAAUGAUUACAUGACGGAGACCGGGGAACAGGUGGAGCAAGAUGUAGCUCUUAAACUGGGCUGUCUAGAAAUCAGGAGGUUCUUCAAAGAGAUGAGAGGAAACGCCCUGGACAAGAAAUCCAACUAUGAACUACUAGAGAAAGAUGUUGGUUUGAGGCGUUUUUUCCCAAAAGACCUGUUGGAUUCAGUCAAGGCUAAAACUCUUCGUAAAUUGAUUCAGCAGACAUUUAAGCAGGUGGCUAAUCUCAAUGACGAGCAGUGCAUCCUCAAGUUCUUGGAGAUACUUGCACCUAUCUACCGCUAUGACAAGGAGUGCUUCAAAUGUGCCCUCGGGUCCAGCUGGGUGAUCCAGGUGGAGUUGGCUAUUGGGCCGGAGGAAGGGAUCAGCUACCUCACUGACAAGGGAUCCACGCCCACCCAUCUAGCUAAUUUUAACCAAGUCCAGUCCAUCCAGUACUCUGCCAUGGAGGAGAAGGACAGGAAAGGGAUGCUACAGCUCAACGUUGCAGGAGCAGCUGAGCCCCUCACAGUUACAACCGCAUCACUGACUAUGGCGGAGAACUUGGCUGACUUGAUUGACGGUUACUGUCGGCUCAUCACCAUGGAAACUCAUUCCUUUAUCGUCAGAUUUCAGAAAGAGGGAGAGAGAGCACUGCCUUCCAUCCCAAAAGUCUCUAAUAAUGAGAAGAAAUUAGAAGCAGUCAGGAGCGGAGUAAGAGCUAUCUCUGUCUCAGAGACCGAUGACUAUGCUGAGAUAGUUGAUGAAGAGGACACCUACACCAUGCCCUCCACGCGGGAUUAUGAGAUCCAGAGGGACAGGAUAGAGUUAGGUCGCUGCAUAGGGGAAGGUCAGUUUGGAGAUGUUCACCAAGGAGUCUACAGCUGUCCGGACAAACCAUCUCUACCUGUUGCCAUCAAGACCUGUAAGAACUGCACCUCAGACAGCGUCAGAGAAAAGUUCCUACAAGAAGCAUUGACCAUGCGUCAGUUUGACCAUCCACACAUUGUUAAGCUGAUCGGCGUGAUCACAGAGAACCCAGUGUGGAUCAUCAUGGAGCUCUGUACUCUUGGAGAGUUGCGUUCGUUCCUUCAGGUGAGGAAGUACAGUCUGGAUUUGGCUACUCUUAUUCUGUUUGCCUACCAGCUCAGCACAGCAUUGGCUUAUCUGGAGAGCAAACGCUUCGUACACAGGGAUAUAGCGGCCCGGAACGUGUUGGUCUCUUCAGUUGACUGUGUGAUGCUGGGAGACUUUGGACUGUCACGAUACAUGGAGGACAGCUCUUACUACAAAGCCUCUAAAGGUAAACUUCCUAUCAAAUGGAUGGCACCUGAAUCUAUUAACUUCAGAAGAUUCACCUCUGCCAGCGAUGUCUGGAUGUUUGGUGUGUGCAUGUGGGAGAUCUUGAUGUAUGGCAUCAAGCCCUUCCAGGGGGUGAAGAACAACGACGUGAUUGGCAGGAUAGAGAACGGCGAGCGACUGGCUAUGCCUCCCCAGUGUCCGCCCACUCUUUACAGUUUGAUGACUAAAUGUUGGUCAUAUGACCCCAGCAAGCGGCCGCGAUUCACUGAACUCAAAACACAACUCAGUACCAUACUGGAUGAAGAGAAGCUUCAACAAGAGGAGAGACUUCGAAUGGAGAUGAGGAGACAAGUCACUGUGUCCUGGGACUCUGGAGGGUCUGAUGAAGCGCCUCCUAAACCCAGUAGACCAGGUUACCCAAGUCCUCGCUCCAGUGAAGGCUUCUUCUCUAGCCCCCAACACAACCACUUCCCGACGUCAGCCAUUGGUGGUGUAGGAGGAGUAGGAGGCAGCUACCCUGCCACUGAUUCCUGGAAUCAGCACAGACCUGAACCUUCUCCACUGUGGAGCCCGAACAUGGAGGAAACUGGAUGUGUCGGCCACGCUCUAAUGGAGGAGAGGCUCAUGAUGCAGCAGCAACAGAUGGAGGACGACCAGCGGUGGCUGGAGCAGGAGGAGAGCUUCAUGAAGGCAGAGCCCAGGAACAGCAGAGGGAGCAUCGACAGAGAGGACGGCACGCUCCAAGCACCGGGUGGAAGCCAACAUAUCUACCAGCCUGUAGGAAAACCAGAACAUGUGGCUCCUCCUAAAAAGCCACCCCGUCCCGGUGCUCCCAGUCACCUAGGUAACCUGGCCAGUCUCUGCCCUGUGGACAGCUACAACGAGGGCGUCAAGUUACAGCCGCAAGAAAUCAGCCCGCCCCCCACCGCCAACCUCGAUCGUUCUAACGACAAAGUGUACGAGAACGUGACGGGACUGGUGAAAUCUGUGAUCGAGAUGUCCAACAGGAUUCAGCCCGCAGCUCCAGAGGAGUACGUCCCCAUGGUGAAGGAGGUGGGUCUCGCGCUGAGGACUCUGCUAGCGACAGUGGAUGAGACGAUUCCUGUGCUGCCACCAAGCACACACAGAGAGAUUGAGAUGGCUCAGAAGUUGUUGAACUCUGAUCUGGCAGAGUUGAUAGCAAAGAUGAAACUGGCUCAACAAUACGUCAUGACAAGUUUACAAAAGGACUACAAGAAACAGAUGCUAAUGGCAGCUCACGCCCUCGCAGUCGACGCCAAGAACCUGCUGGACGUCAUCGACCAAUCGCGACUCAAGAUGAUCACCCAGACUCACCCACAUUAGCACAGGAUCCAAUCAGGCUGGUAGUUUCUGCCGCAGCAAAUCCAAAAUACGGGCCACAGGACGGGAGGAAGCGUGUUGCUGUGGAGACGGAGCAUUCAGUAGCUCUUAGCCAAUCACAGAGUGAAUCAACUGAUGGACAGCAGACAUGACUGACUGAAACAAUCAGCUCCCUCCUUUCCUCUCUCAAACAUUCAUCGCUUCCUUUUCUCUGCGGCGAUGGUCACGUAUCGGUCAAUCUUGUGUCAUUUUGUACUUUUUGUUGCAUUAUUUGCUUUUGUAUCCUGAGAAAAAAAAAAACGCUCUUCUUUCUCCCAUCACGUAUCCUCAACAUUUAGUUUUAAAAAAAUCACCUGUUACACCUGUUUUUAAUCUUUCAAAUGUAACAAUGGAGGAAGGACUGCAGCAUCCGACGCCGAGGUUCCAGGUUCAGUUUCAUCGAGAUGCUGUUGACAUUUUUUAACGGCUCACUUGAAGGACCGCAGAGAUAUUUUUUGGUGAAUGGACACAUCAGCGUAACGACUAACUCUCCACAUAUGCAGGAUAUAAGAACUGGAACUGAAGAGCCAGAAUAAGGAGGAUAAUGAAGAUGAUAUGAUAAUGUCGUUGUUUAAACAUGCUUUUAUAUCAUUAUUAAUUAUUAUUAUUAUUAUUAGUACUAUUUCCUGUAUGUCUCUUUGUCUCUACUCAGUUUUUCAGUCUUCCUCUUUAAAAAAUGGUAUGAGCAGCCAUGCUUGAUUAACAGUACAGCUGCUCAUAGAUGUCACAAUAUCAUCUCUCUUCAUCCUGUCUCUAGAUCUUUCUAUCUCAGGCAGGAUAUGGCAUAAAACUAUGGAAGAACAAACUAAAUGUCUUUUUAUGGAGAAAAAAUUAUAUAAAAGCUGCCACAGGCCACUUUUUAAGUUAACUACAUAGUAAAUAUACAAAGAAGCUAUAUUUUUAACACAUUUCUGAGGCAUGAGUUGUCAGUGAAUAAGGGAGAGGGAUGAACAGGGGGAGAGCGAAGGGAUGGAGAGGAGGUGGAGGUGUUAAUUAUACUGUACGGGAGAUCGCCCUGUGCCAAAUGAACUGCAAUUAUAUAUAAAAAAAAUACUCUGAAAGCUCUUCCCAAUUUUUUCCCCCAAGUUUUAGCAAAAGUUUCUUUCAUAAGGUAAAAAAAAUGAAGUAACCCGAUGGUUCCUUUAUCGCUUGCUUUGUAUAUUGAAGCCAAAUAUGUUUUUGCAUCCGUCAUGUUGUGAGUUUUUUUCUCUUCUCUUCAUCUUCACACAAAUCUUCAUUCUACAAAAUCAUAUUUCUACAGUUUGCUCAGUUUUCAGGGACACUAAAACUUUUUUUUUUUUUUAAACAUUGCUGGUUCAUAUUCAGGAUCAAAACUAUUGUGAAAGCAUUUUAACACAUUGCUAGUAUUUAUUAGAUGAAUCACAGCUGCAACCUAAACUCUUUAAACCAGGAAACAUUCAAUUUCUGUUUUGGGUUGACAGCACAAAAUAGGGCGAAGGCGUGGUUCUCGAGGCCAAGGGUUGAUUUAAAAUGUCUCUCAGUAUCUUAAACUCUCUCCUUCCUGUUUUCCUCCCCUUUCUUUCUAUUAUUUAUAACUUUAUUCUGUCUUCUACUCUUAAAAAAUCCUCUCUUUUCUCCAUUAUCAUCGCUCCCCUCAGCUCUGUCUCCCUCUCCGAUUCUCUCUCUCUCCAUUCCACUGCUCACUCUCCCUUGAGGUGAGCAGUUUUCUCAGGAAGGAGUCACAUGUACAGUUGCUAAACCAAGCAAAUAAAAAAACACUGUUAUCAUAAA